UUUAGUCGAUGUGUACAAAAUUGUUUCUGUAGUUUAGUGAUUAUUUUGCUCUUUUUAACAUGUCUAAAUCGUCUAAAUCUUGUGAUAAAAACUUUACUGGGCUGCUGAUGCAGCCGGGAGAGGUGGUGGUGCCGGACGGUCCAAUGUUUGACACUUUUAAAGAGAUUUGUGUGAACUGUUCGGGAGAAAGUGGUUGGAAAUUAGAAUUCAAUAAAAGCCCACCAACAAAAGUUUGGUCCAAGAAAAAUGACUAUUCAAGUUUCAAAGUUCUGAAGGGCUUCACAGUAUUCGAAGACGUGACACCAGGUCAGCUUUACGAUGUUAUCCAUGAUCCACGGUACAGACGACAAUGGGAUCCUCACAUGAUCGAGGGCAGGGAGAUCUGUUUUAUCAAUCCAUGCAAUGAUAUAGGCUAUUACUCAAUUAAAUCUCCUGUGCCCGGCAUGAAGAACAGAGACUUCGUCACUCAAAGGUCUUGGUUAGCUCAAGAUCAUCUAAAUGAAUAUAUCAUCAUGAACCAUUCUGUCAAUCACAAGUCGUGUCCACCUAAGAAAGAGUUCGUGCGAGGGAAGUCAUUUUUGACCGGUUAUUAUAUCACACCACAUCAGAAUAAGAUGGGCAAGAUGGGAUGUGAAUUCUACUAUAUUACUCAGUGCGAUGUUGGAGGACAAUUGCCAGCAUGGAUCGUAAACAUGGCCACAGGAAUCAUGGCUCCAAGAAUGUUCAAGAAACUAAACAAGGUCGCAGCGGCAUACCCGGCCUGGAAGAAGGAGAAUGAACCCAAUUGGAUGCCAUGGAGGGAUCCGAGCCAGAUCGAAAAUGACCGGAUCAAUUACGAUGAUGUGGACGUCCAGGACCAAUCAAGUGACACGUAUGACUCACUCGACGAGACGAAUUUAGCGGAAACGGAUUGCGAUUUGAAUUCUCUUGAAAUUUACAAGGAUGAUUAGGGAGAGUUUCUGGAGAUCAUAUACAGGUAUUCCAAGCUUGUUUUGAUGGAUGCCUCAAUGUUGUGCCAAUUGGCUGACUUUUGACACCAGCUGCACCGACCAAUUUGUAAAUGAUCCACAACCCCUUUGUGGGUCUCUGUCUUCCAAGUGGCACUUGUAACCCGGGGAUUGUUCCUUCAUUUCAUCCUUUGACUAACAGGGACUGGGGAAUGUUUCAAGCAGAAAAAUAUACAAAGUUUUUAUUGUCUCUCUGAAACCAACCACAAGAAAAUAAGUUUCUGAAGGGUUUGCAGCAAUACUGUCAAUUCACAAAUUUCCUUGUGUCUUUAUUUCACAUUUUCACCAAGGAAUUGAUAAAUCUUAUUAUUUUGCUCUACUCUUGAGAAGAAGCACAAAAUUUUUUAGAAAUCUGAAAGUCACCGGGUGUUUCAGGAGUUCUCUCCUGAAUGGGAGAUCUUGCAACGGUACUCGUAGCUCAAUAUUAUCAUAGAUUCAUGUGAAAGUGUCAAACAGAUUAUGGUUUUUAGCGCCACCGUAAUAAUCUUGAGACAAUCACUUCAAGGCUUGGCAAGUUUCACUCCUACUCGGUGUUUUCAACUAAGUGAAAAUGGCCGAGCUUGGUGCUGAUUGGUUUCAAUAGAAAGCUUCUUGAUGAGGUAAAGCACUUUGAGAUGUAUCAACAGUGUGAAAGCGCUUUGUAAGAACUUAUAUUUCAUUCCAUUUACACUGACCCAGUCGAGUGUUUCCCUGCAGUGUGGACGAAGACAAAUUGAUGGGAUAUUACCAAGGAACAUGCACAUUGAAUAAGUUCUUUGGUUCUGGAAAACAGGUGAAGACACCACUGAAUUGUUAUAGAAGCCUUUUAGAAGCAAAUGGUUUAGGGGAACACCUACUAGAGGAAAAAAUCAUUGUUUGUGAUAAAAUGUUUAAGCAUGCGAUUAGAAAACUAGGAUAUAUUUAUUGCGUAUAUUUAUUUGUUAGUGAACGGUUUGUUUUAAUUUCCAUAGGUACAAGUGACAUUGUAUUGUAUCAUAUGAAUGUGCUAAACCUAGCACCCCUUCCUCAGAAAAUGGACUAUGCAGGGCUUGAGGGAAAAGCAUUACCUUUUGCAUGGUUUGUUCUUGAAAAAGGGGUCCCUGUGAUGGUCAAGAUUGAUACCUCAUUGAGAUUUCGUGAUGAUUAUCGUAAAUGGCAUUAUACUUCUACAGGGUGGCUUGUAAAAAAUGUUUUGUAUGUUAUUUUUCUUGGGGAAUUUCUCGUACCACUCUUGUGAAUGUACUGUAAACUGCUAAAUAAACACUCGAUCUAUGAUAGGAUGCUUGAAAAUGUAUUUAAAAUUGUGUAUUUAUUUACUUAUGAAAUGAACAGAAUUUUAUCAUACAAUAAUGAAUACCAUUACCAAAUGAUUCAAUGCUUCACUCAAGUAAGCAGUUGGCGAAGUUGGGCUGAAGUUUUUUUUCAUUCUCAAAAUUGCAAAAAAAUAUUUAGGGAAAUUAAUUAUUAGCAGUUUUGGCAAGAAUGGGAGAGUAAUCUUUACGUUUAAAUGAAGCCAGUGUGAAUACUUCAGGAGCCCUGAGCUAUUGGGGAGGCAUCUUGUGUCAGUUUGAUCUACUGAACACUGAAUUCACUUUUUGAUCCAUACUAAGUACAUGAAUGCCCCCCCCCCAAAAUGUUACUUGCGAGCAGUGACUGAGGUGGUUGCCUUUUUUGCAUUCUGUAUUUUCUGAUGGUAUUACAUGGCCAUAGGUCUUCUAUGGUUCUCUGCAUUGGAUAAAGCAAUAGACUAUAUCUCUUUUGAAACAUGUAUUUUGUGAAAACUUACAGGAUGAAAUGGACCAUGAAAUUUGCUGUCACUAUUGACUGAUAUUUAUUGUUAUAGAUGUGGCCACAUAUAUUUUGUAGUUCACGGAGUACCUCACCAUAUUAGGACAUGAUGUGACGUCUUGUAAUAAACAAUGCUUAUAGCUGUGCAUAGCACUAGCUACCAGCCACUGUGCUACAAAGAAUUCUCAAAAUGUCAUGCGCCACUUUUUGCAAUACUGUGCCCGAGUCUGAUUGACCUGAUCUCCAUAUUACACCUUCUCCAAAUCUAUUUCUCAUGUGUGUGUUUGAUUGCUCCUAUAAAUUAAUUUCUUUUGUUGUGAUAACAUUGAGUGUGAUUUACGUUUUUUUGUGUCGCUUGUAAACUCCUCUUUUGUUGGAUUACCUCUGUGUAAAAUGUCUUGAAUUCAAGCAGAUGAUGACAUAACAGUACACCGAAAAAAGUCAACAAAACCAGCCAAUGUAUAAAUGCUUGUUAUCACUCUAAUUGUCCGGGACAUGAUUCUAAAAGGGCUCUCAUGUCCAGGGGACCUUUGAAUAUUCUGGCAUCAUUCAUUUGAAAAAGAAUGUGUCUCUUGUACUGAAAUACCUCUCGCAGAAAAACUUCUUCCUGUAUCUUUUGACCUCUUUGAGUGUUCUGCACUAUGUUUGAAAAGCGGAUUACAUGCACUGGUAGUUGUGAUACUCAUGUGGCCACCAGGUGACACCAAAUCAUUUCUUUGUCGCGUGAACAAAACCUAUUGCUGACGACUCUUGGACAUUAAAUGGCUGACAGUUGUGAGAAUAUGAAGCAACAAUAAUCUGUUAUAGACAGAAUUUGGUCGUGCGCCGGUCUGUGACUUUCUGGGUUACCUUAAUAGAGAGGUUCUACUGUAUCUGUAUCAGACAACUGUAAAGUCAGCCAGGAACCAUCGUGACUUUGAAGGUGGCAGCACGUGCUACUGAAUGGAAUGUGUCCUUACAGAAACGGCACUGUGCCUUGAAAGUUAUGAUGACCUUGAGUUUUCAGUAAUUUGUUUAUCUGCACUGUUUGAAUUGCUUCUCAUGUAUUAUGUGAAUUGCGUUAUUUCCUUUAGUUUGGAUUCAACUCAUGUUGGUUCUCUGUGCCUCCAAUAGGGGGAGACGUAGUUAUUGGAUGCUGUUUUGAUAACCACAGCACAAGAUAGUGGUAAGUCUGUCACUGGUUUUAACCAAGAAGUGGAUGUGAUAAGCCUGUCGCAAUGCCUCGGACCUUGCUCUGCUUGUUUGGUCAAAGUCCCUCCCCUUUGCAUUGGUUAUGCGGUAAGCCUGGGACCUCGCUUGGUCAAAGUCCCUCCCCUUCGCAUGGGUUAUGCCGGUAAGCCUGGGACCUCGCUUGGUCAAAGUCCCUCCCCUUCGCAUGGGUUAUGCCGGUAAGCCUGGGACCUCGCUUGGUCAAAGUCCCUCCCCUUCGCAUGGGUUAUGCCGGUAAGCCUGGGACCUCGCUUGGUCAAAGUCCCUCCCCUUCGCAUGGGUUAUACCGGUAAGCCUGGGACCUCGCUUGGUCAAAGUCCCUCCCCUUCGCAUGGGUUAUACCGGUAAGCCUGGGACCUCGCUUGUUCAAAGUCCCUCCCCUUCGCAUGGGUUAUACCGGUAAGCCUGGGACCUCGCUUGGUCAAAGUCCCUCCCCUUUGCAUUGGUUAUGCGGUAAGCCUGGGACCUCGCUUGGUCAAAGUCCCUCCCCUUCGCAUGGGUUAUACCGGUAAGCCUGGGACCUCGCUUGGUCAAAGUCCCUCCCCUUCGCAUGGGUUAUACCGGUAAGCCUGGGACCUCGCUUGGUCAAAGUCCCUCCCCUUCGCAUGGGUUAUGCCGGUAAGCCUGGGACCUCGCUUGGUCAAAGUCCCUCCCCUUCGCAUGGGUUAUGCCGGUAAGCCUGGGACCUCGCUUGGUCAAAGUCCCUCCCCAUCGGAUCGUAUUAAGGAGCACCGGUAACCAACAUGAUUUCAUUUUGUAGCCACCAGUAGAUUUGACGUAGCUGCAAUAUAAACUUAAUGACUGUACUUAUAAUUUCUCCAUCUUUCUCCCCCUUUUAUGGUUUGGAGUGUUGAUCUGAUGAUCUACCAAUACUGUGAUGUUGUAUUUAACCGGUCGUUCCUCCAGUAGGGCCUGGCGUAGACUUAGUCGUGCAUUAGAUCUGCACCUAUAAUGGGAGACUGGAUAACGACAGCACCACAGUAUUUAGCUCAACACAUGAACAUGAUGAAUUGACUUUGCCUAAUACAUAUCUCUCUCUAACCGGCUGUUAUUUGUGCUACAUUGGUCAUUUCUAAUGGAAUAAAGUGAAAUUUCAUUGCAUUGAGUAUGACUGUUUGAAAAUGCUCUUAUUCUAAUGUGAUGUUUCACAUCACUUAUUCUCAUGUGAUGUUUUGCCGAUAUUUUUUGAAACGGGUUGUGGACUGAUGGAUUCUUUUAGAUGAUACACUGCCAUCAGAGUGUAAAUCAUUUGGAUAGGGUAUAUUUCCUUGGUUGUUGUGUCAGAGUGUCGUAUAGCCUUCUCUUCUGUCUGAGAAAUUGGAACUUAGUGAAGGGUGUGAGUUUUUUUCAUUUACUGUCUGUGUUAUAUUUCUGUUGGAAAACAAUGUACUGAAAAAGUGUCUUGGAUAGUUUUAUAGUGUUCAUAUUGUUCUCUUGUUCUCUUGUACACUUGAAAACAUUUGAGGAAACACUUUCAAUAUGUUGUGAUUUGACAGAAACAUAUUAUUUAAUCUGAACCAAUUACAUGUACUGUUUGAUAUGAAAAUGCGAGAUAUAUCACACUGCUGUGAAAUGCUGAUCAAGCAGUUUGGUAUACUCUUUCAUUAUCUACCAAAACUAUGAUUUUAUUGAAUGCUAUCUUGCAAGGACUUUGCUAAAGUUAUUGUGUAAACUA